UAGGCGCAGCGGAUCGACUCGGCUACCUGGACGCCCAGCCCUGUCCGAUCUACCAACGGCGCGGGGCCUGGCCCGAUGCUGUCUCGUGCCUGAAAACGCCCCGGUCAAACCACUGACCCACCACAUCCAUCUCGGCUUCCUACAGCUGUUGCGCACUCCUGGUCCCCUCUUCCUGCUUUUGUGCCGCCGCCCAUCUGCUUCGGACCCCGUUGCAGCGAGAGCUUGACCGCAGCCAAGAUGCCCCGGGAUCUGCUGGCCGACAAGAAGACCCUGGAGGAGAUGCCCCCGCUGUCCAAAGAGCCCGCCGCCGCUAGCCCGCCCCCAGACCCGAUGCCCCUCUACAGGAUGCCCGUCUCGCUGCUGGAGGAGCGCUUCAAGAAGAUGAAGGACCUGCAUCCCUAUGCCCUGCUGCUCAACCAAGACGACCUCGACGACUGCGACUGGCUCGAGCACGCUUCAUUUGAGCCGCAUGAGGCGGCAUCGCGAGAGAAGCUCGAGUACCGCCUAACAAUAUGCGGCGAACUGUGCUCCGGCCUCUUCUCCUCGGCGUAUCCGACCGAAACUGGGCCCUUGGGCUCCUUGGUAAAGGCGCGCAAAUUCCCCUCGGUUGACUCAGCAGACUCGGAUCGGAAGCGGCUAUUAUUAGGUCACGUCAUAGCGACAAAGACCACCUCCAACAUCGUCACCGACUCCUCUAUGGAUUUUCCCUCCGACUGGCGGACAAACUACCAGCUCGGCCCUCCAGUAGGCCAUCACGAGGAGGGCGAGACGGUAUGUCUCCACUCGCUGUGCAUCCACCCGGACUUUCACGGAAAGGGGCUUGGCGCAGUUUUGUUGAGGGGCUGGACGCAGCGCAUGAGAGACGCCGGCAUAGGCAAGAGGAUCGCCCUGAUAUGCAGGGAGCGGUUCGUCGAGUUCUACGAGAAGGCGGGGUUCAAGAAACUGGGUCCGAGCGCGUGCAAAUAUGGCGGUGGAGGGUGGUUUGACAUGGUCAUGGAAUUCGAGAACAACGGCGACGAGGACGACAUUUGAAGGGUCUUCGCGGGAUGCGUUUGGCGUCGCGGCUGGAUGUAAGGGCGUCCUGGUCAUGCAGACUAUUAAGCUCGGGGUGGGGCUUGGGGUAAUACCGGGAAUUUUGGGUGUUCAAAAGGCGAUCAAAAAGGCGGAACUGGCGAUUCUUUGCACACUUGUAUAACGACUGUUCAUGGAGCGCAUGAAUUCAUGGAGGUACAUCGUGUAGAUGCUGAAUGAAGCGAAUGCGAUGCAUAACUACGUUUGGAGACUGGGCCGAGUCAGAGACAGCGCGAGUUGAGGUGUGCAGCAACAACAGCAGUCGUCUUAGAUCGGGGCUCUCAUUGAUAUAACAUAUAAUCGAACGGGAUGCUCGGACUACGGAAACCUUCCCUCCCUCCCUACGGA